CAGGGGUGGGGCAUCACUCGGCUGGGUCGAGCCGUUCGACGAGUGGUGGGGCUCGCGGAAUCGAAGAUGCCGAGUAGUGGGGGGUCUUCUCGCGCUACCGAACCUCCUCCGUCUCCUUCUCGGUUAGUUUCGUCUCUCUCUUUCUUCCUAGUACCGCUUGGCGGCGGUGGUGGUGGCGGAGGGGUUCAGUCAUCUCGCGCCAGCCGAGCCACGCGCAUACUGUUCCUCUUCGACACGAUUACUCGCGACAAUCUUUCUUGGCUUGGUAUUUUAACGCGAAUUUUCUUUUACGACACCACCACCACAACAACAACGAUAACAACAACAAUAAUAACAAUAACAAUAACAACAACAACGAUAACAAUUAACAACGUCGUUUCUUCUCUCCAGUCCUAUUAUCGUUAAACGCGUUAAGGACGAAGACAAUCGACGACAACUGUCUCUCUCUCUCUCUCUCUCUCUCUCUCUCUCUAUUUUCUGUUUCUCUUUCUUUCUUUCUCCGUUUUUCUCUUUUUAUUUUCUUUUCUCUUCUUUCCUCGUCUCUUUUCUUUUUUCAACACUCAAAGAGCGCAAGUUCGGAACUGGACCGCCCUCUCCGGACGGAAGCCACGGAACAACACCCCCACUCAACUCCCUCCACCGAAUCAGACUACCACCUCCACCUCCACCUCCUCCUCCUCCUCCUCCUCCUCCUCCUCCUUCUUCUCUUAUGAGAGUGAGAGAAAGAAAGAGAGAGAGCGAGCGAGCGAGCGAGCGAGCAAGCGAGCUAGCUAGCUAGCUAGCUAGCGACCGAGUGAGUGAGUACGAGAAAGAAAGAAAGAAAGAAAGAGAGAAAGAAAGAGAGAGAGAGAACGUUUCACGCCAACCCCCCACUUUCGACAAGGAGAGGCAGAUACUCCGACGAUAGAGCCUCCGGCACACGGGCACCGAGAGUACCACGCGAGUGGAGAACCCGUGGCUCCGUCGCGUUCAACCCCCCGAAGAAGAUCGGAGAAGCUGAGGAUCGAAAGGGAAUAAAUACGUGAAAUACGUAUAUUAUAAAGGAAAAAUUAUUCUCUCUCUCUUUCUCUCUCUCUCUCUCUCUCUCUCUCCCCCUCUCUCUCUCUGCCGAUCUCGAAUCGUUUCUCGUUAAAUCGUUUCGACCAUUUUAAAACCGUACGGAACUUGGACGUUCGUUCGUGUUAAAAUCGAUUCGAUGAAGGAAAAUAAGUGACUAAUACUAAACUGUCGGUCCGUCAUCAGUUCGGAGGAUGGAGAACGUGAGAUCAUCGACAACGUCGAAGAACAACGAUCGUUGGUAUCAUCAGCAUCGAUAAAUUACGGGGUGGUUUCCGUAAAAAAAAAAAAGGGCUGAUCGUGUUUCGUCGACCGACCUUAACCUAAAGGAAUAUUAGAAGAGGGUUCGCACGGACCACCCCGUUGAAAACGUUUCUCCGCGUGUAUAAUGUGUGAGUGACAGGGUUGAAAGUUUUAUAUAAAGACGGGUAUUUAUUCGUAAUACGAUUAUUCUUCUUCUUCGGGGGGGGACUCGCGAUAAAAGGUGUCGAGAGGAAGAACUUUUGACGGAUUUCAAGGAGAAAAAGGAAAGAAAGAAAUAAAGAAAAUAAGUGCACGUGAACGAUCCGGUUGUUUGGAAGUUUUUACAUUUAAUAACAAGUUGGAAGGAUUCUCAAUCGUCGUGCCGACGGACUAUCAUGCUAACGUUAAGUGCGAACGGUGGAAGGAACGAGGAUACUCGCUGAAAGGAUUUACGAGGAUGAUACAGCAGUGAGAGAGAUAGACUGGGUAGAGGGAGGAGAGGGUUCUUGGCGAGGUUCGAGAUGUCCGCCGUAACCAGCCCGUAUGGACCCACGGAGAUGCUGUCCGACUCGGUCUACAACUACGCGACGACUCGAAGGGGCACCGCCGAUCAGGACGGCGAGUCCCGAUACGAGACGCAAGCCCAGUUGCAGAUCGCGAGUAUCCAAAAGCCACGGAACAAGCGGAAAAAUUUCAAACCUAUAAACAGCCGUAUGGCCGAAGUAUCGGAUGAAUCUGAUAGAGAGGAGGAACACGAGCAAGAAUCCGAUGAACUUCUUCUUGGUGUCGAGGAAGUGCCAACCUCGAACGAGAUCCUCGAAUACGAGAGGAAAACGAUGCUUCUGCCAGUUGCUGUCGGUACGGACGAUAGGUCGAAGCAACAGAGGCUGAACAACAACGAGGUCAGCCCGAUGGACCUCUCGGUCGCGACGAGGCCGCCCUCCUCCGACGUCGACGACGACAGCGGCGAUUCCCUCGGGCACAAGUUCAUCCUCGAACGGCUCAACUCUCAGAAGCUCUAUUCUCCUGGCACGGAGGCCAGGAGUCCAAAUUCGGACUCCUCGGAGAAAAGUGUCGGAAGUGUAGUCCUAGAUGCGGAUUCGGGUCGAUUGGACGAUCAGGAUACGCCGUUCGAUGACGAUCGAAUGCAGGAUGGAGAUGGAGAUGGCGAUGGUGAUGGUGAUGGUGACGGUGAUGGUGACGUAGAAGUCGAAUGCGAAGAGAGAAAACCAUUCGAAGGAAUGAGAGAGUACGCUGAAUCGACUAUGCAAGAACUCUUAGCGAUUUAUGGUCUUUCCGGUGGUGAACUCGCGAAAUCGGUCAGUCGACAGCUACCACCUACCUUCAUGAACCCUAGUACUGGUCAACAUGGUCAAGGAAAGGUGAGAGUGAAGGAAGAGAAGGACGCCUCUUCUAUGGCACCAGGGAGUCCACCGACACCACCGCACACACCUCAAAGUCCACCAAGACAAAAUUUACCUGGUGGCAAUCUUUCUCAGUCUUGUCAAACGUCGAACGCGAGUUCUCCGAGUUUGCAGCAGCAGCAGCAGCAGCAGCAGCAACAACAACAGCAACAGCAACAGCAGCAACAUCAUCAUCAUCAUCAUCACCAUCAUCAACAACAACAACAACAACAACAACAACAGCAGCAGCAACAACAACAACAACAGCAGCAGCAGCAGCAGCAACAGCCACAACAGCAACAGCAACAUCAACAGCAGGAUCAGCAACAACAUUCGAUUCAUCCAAUGACGAAUUCGCCGUUAAGUCAAAUCCUCGUACAGAAUCCGGCGUUGACUCAAUUGUUGCAACAAAAUCCCGCGAUACUCUCGCAAAAUCCUCAACUGGCACAAUUGCUGCAACAAAAUCUUCAAGUUCAAAUGGGAAGUGUGCUAUUUCAGAACGUUAGAAGGGAGGAAGCCGAGGAUUCGAGAGUACCGCCGACAAUAGCAAGCCUGGCGGCAAUGAAGGUGGAGGCAGCUGACCCGAAGGUUUCCGCGCUGCUCAGGCAAAGCAUGUCACCGGUAGCGGACAGCAUGAUCGCUGGUGCGAAAUCAUCGGUGUCGCAGCCUAUAAUCGAUUACUCUCGAUAUGUCAGGAGAUAUACGUCCGGUCAGGAAUGCGGUAGCUCUUAUUGCAAGGAAUUAGGAUGUAGAGAACAUUUUCAUUGUCUCGAUUGUAGUGGUAGGGUAUUUGUAAAGAAGGAGGAAAUGAUCAGGCAUUUCAAGUGGCACAAAAAAAGAGACGAAUCCUUGCAGCAUGGUUUCAUGAGAUAUUCGCCAACGGACGAUUGUUCGGAAAGGCAUCCAGGUCGAGCUUGUCCGCAUAAUAGAAAGCAAACCCACUAUCAUUGCAUACACGAAAAUUGCGACAAGGUUUAUAUAUCGACCUCGGACGUGCAGAUGCACGCGAAUUAUCAUCGCAAGGAUUCCGCGAUCAUUCAAGAGGGCUUUCAACGAUAUCGUGCCACUGAAAGUUGUGCCACCGAUCAUUGCCCCUUCGUCGGACAACGAACGACGCACUUCCACUGUCGGCGGCCUGGAUGUCGCUUCACCUUUAAAAAUAAGGCUGACAUGGAUAAACACAAGUCGUAUCACAUUAAGGACGAGCAGUUGUCCCGAGACGGAUUCAAGAAAUUCAUGAAAUCCGAAGCCUGUCCCUUCGAACAGUGUCGAUUCUCGCGUGUUUGCAAUCAUAUACAUUGCAUACGACCACAUUGCAGUUACGUCCUGCACUCAUCCGGUCAGCUCUUUUCUCAUAAACGGAAACACGAGCGUCACGAGUCCGAAUUGGCUUAUCGAAAGUACAAGCAAGUUAGCGCCGUUGGCGGGAUUAGGCCGCCAGGAUCUUGGGCACCAGACGAGAUUAGUAAUCAAGGCUUGUCGCUAAGUCUUAACGGGGAAAGUUCGAACGAGGGUAGAGGUUCGCCGUCGUAUUACUCGUUGGACGAUUCUUUUCAAAGUGCGAGCGAUUUAGCGAUGGAUCUUACCGCUCCUACGAAUAGCAUGACGUCUACCAGUAAUUCGGUGGUUAGCGUCGAUCAACAACAGCAACAGCAGCAACAGCAACAGCAACAGCAACAACUCACACCAGCGGAAUUAGCCUAUCUUGUAUCGGCCAAUUCGGAUUGUCCCUGCCAAUUGAACAGGGAUCAUCAUCAUUGCGGGUUGGAUCGUUGCGGUGCCACUUUAAAGGAUCCUCGCGAAGUCAGGGAACAUUUGAGGGAGCACGAAACUCAGGAACGUAUCACGGAUGCCUUCUUCGAGGAAGGUGGCUGUGACGAUACUUGUCCGUACGCCGACAAAGAAAAACAUUAUCACUGUAAUUGGGAAAAUUGUCGGGAGGUCAUUCUGUCAACGGACAAACCAUUUCGAAGACUUCAACAUUAUAAAAUUCACGAGUACAGUCGACAAUUGAAUCUCUCAUGUCCCUCGCACGCGCUUUCAUCCGAUGUAACGCUUACUCACCUGACCAAUAUCGAUGCCAUGUUUAGGCGGAAAAGAGGUAGACCACCGAAAAACAGAGUGAUCGAGAUUUGGUCAGGUGGAGAUCCGGCCUCGCACACGCACGACUCCCCGCAAGCCAUUUUUACGAGCUUCAAGUUACCCAAACCGCAAACACCAAGUUUGACACCUACUCCGGUGACCGAUGAUCGAGAAGGUAGUGUUUCUCCUUCGAAUAGUCUCGGUGAACCGGAAGGAUUCGCCACUUACAAUUCCGAGGGUUGUCCAGAUCUCGCUUGCGUUUUACGAUCUACCAGGCAUCAUCAUUGUUCACAGCCACGGUGUCAUUUCUCAACCGAUAGACCCGAUCAAUUGUUGAUGCAUAGUAAAGACUUUCACGACAACGUUGAUAUACCAACAGGCUUUGCCUUUUUCGAUAAAAUGGUUGACUGUCGGUUAUCGAGUUGUCACAGUAAUCGAGUGAAUCGACAUUUUCAUUGUACCAGACCAAACUGUGGAUAUUCUUUCGUUCGAUAUUCAACGAUGGCUCUUCACGAGAAACAACAUUCUGGACACGUCGAUGUUUGUACUCAGGAACUUUCCAAUAAGGAAUGUCAAACGCAUCCUCAAUCCUUUAUUCAAGAAACUAAACCAAGAAUCCAAGUAAAAAAUCCGGCUGAUCUUAUAGAGAAAACGGAUGACAGCUUGGAAGAGAGCAGAUCGAUGAUCGACGAGAAGGAAAGCGAACUUCCUAGUCCGGACGCUAACAAGACGACCGUGGUGAGGGCGGCAGGCACCUAUUAUCCGGUCAGCGGACCGCCGAGCGAACCCGCACUUCCGGGCGUCGUGCUAUCCAUGCGAGCUUCCGUGCACCAAGAGUCCACGGCCAUACCGUCGUCCGGUACAUCUACCUCAUCCCACACGCUUUACGGACCGGAACAAAGUUGCAGCAGACCAUUCUGCAAGUUGAAACGUGCUAUCCUCAGUCAACAACAACACGAUCUACCCAAUCAGUCACCGUCGUCAUCGGUAUCGUCCAAUCAACUACAGCACGAGUACCUAGCUCAGCUUUCUCAGAAACCAGACUUCAUGGCACAGAACGCACAGAUGGCACAGAACAUUCAAAACUUUCACAAUCAGAUGCAAAGGCAGAUGCAGCAGACUCUGGGACAGAUGAGCCAACAACAGACACCACCGGCGAAGGAGAUCAAACUGGAGAGUCCAAGAUGUGCCACGGAUAUCGGUGUACAAAGUAUGCCGAAUAUUAAGAGGGAACCAGCUGAGAUUACGAGAGAGGACGCUGGUAAUUCGGUGCAAGAGACCAACGAGAACAAUCAACGUAUGCCUCAACCUUCGAUGCCUGGAAACGUUCAACAUUCUCCGGCACCUGGACCACCUAGUUUCGAGCUUGAUUUCAGCCAUGGCUUUCACUUUGCGAGUCCAGCGGUAAUGGCAGCUAUGAAUCAACAGAUAGCCCUGAUGAAUCAAGCUCUACCACCGUUUCUUCAACACGGUGGCAUGUAUACCGGGGGACCUGGACUGAUGUUUGCACCUGGCCUACCACCUACCAAUUUUCUUCCCCCUACCAGGGACGAAAAUCCUCUGGCAUCUCUCGCGGCUAAUCUCAAUCUGAAUAAAAGAUCUCUUUCCCCACCUGACAGCAAUUCGCCCGAGGCGAAGAAGCAACGUCUUCAUCAUUCGAUGCGUAUGCUCAAGGACGAACCUGUUCCCGAAGGAUACGUUAGGUUCAGAUUCAACGAAGAUUGCCGGUACCCUCACUGCGGUUACAGGGAACAUCAAACUCAUUUUCAUUGCAUGCGCCAAGACUGUGGUUACUCGUUUUGCGACAAGACGCGUUUCGUUCAGCAUACGGCAAGGCAUGAGCGUUUGGACACGCUUAUGGGCGGUGAUUUUCAACAGUACAGAGCCAACGUGCCCUGCGGGCGUGCACAGUGUGCGUAUACGUCGUCCCUUGGUUCGAUGCAAAACAAAGCCUCGCACUUCCAUUGUCUGAAGUGCGACUUCGUUUGUACGGACACGAACAAGGUAGUUGCACAUAGGCGUCAACAUGCAAAAUUGGACAGUAUAGCGGCUGCGGGCUUUCAGAAAUUUACGCCUAGUCAGCCGUGUGGUGCCGUGCAGUGUCAACACUCGGGCAAGCAGACUCAUUAUCAUUGUUUGCAGUGUCAGUACGCGGUCUUAGGUCUGGCACAAAUGUCGGCACACAAGUAUCGACAUAUGGACACUUAACGGAAAUUUUAUGGUGCAAAAUACGAAACAAAUUUCUACCCGGGUAUAUAUCUAUAGACAUUCCCUGGAAUAUCGGUCGAAGGGAGACAGAGAAGGACACUAUUGGGCUUUUGCUACAGAUUUUAAUUAGUACCUAUAGACAUUCCUUCAUUCUCCCAAACGAUCAGCAAUCCAUGAUGAUUUAUUAAUACAUCAAACGCAGGGAGCUAGUCAGUGAAGUUGGACCGAGUUGAAAUUCGAUGUCCCGUUGAAAGUUUAGAAAAGACGUUGUUGUUCCUUAGUGUUUAGGGAAUAGAAAGAGAAGAAGAUGAAGAUGAAGAUGAAGAAGAUAAAAAGAAAA